AUGCCUCCAGCCUCCACAAAGAAGCCAGCCGCGAAGAAGGAAGAACAGAGAGUCGAGGGGCAUGGAAAGUUCUGGUUUCCAAAUGGUGACAUUUAUAUAGGGGAUUAUUACGAGGAAGGACCCAUCAGAAAACGCCACGGAAAGGGUCGGUACACUAUGCAUUGCCAAGAGGACAUGGAAGACCCAGAGGUUCCCGAAGAGAUUCGCUCCCAGGACAUCCCUGCGCGGCUCCCACAGGACAUAGUUGCUCUGGACGGGACGUGGGAUGCAGAUGCGUUUAUUGAAGGAACGGUGCGCUUUGCCAGUGGCGCAUUCUACACUGGAAAGAUAGAUAGAGAAGGAUUUUAUGUCAGCGGUGGCCGGUAUACUUGGCCGGAUGGGAGCUGGUAUGAGGGAGACAUCUCCCGCAACAUACUCCAUGGCCACGGGAAGUACUAUUCUUCUCACACAGAUACAGUGACAGAGGGUGCCUUCCGGAAUAAUCACGGACCAGGCCUUGAUGAGCGCUAUGCAAGCCUCAAUCCAUGCCAACCUUAA